UGCCGGGAGGGGCGGCAUUCAGUCGUUAAGGAUGAGAGUCCAGGUCUGACGUGAAGAAGUUCUAAGCUCCAACAGAAACGACGCGCAGAGUUUUCACUGUUUUCCACCCGAAGCUUUUGGAUUAAAAGUUUGAAUUCCUAGGAGAGCGGCAUUUCCAGAACAGCCGUGAACGCAUCUUAGUUGUAAAAUCUUCGGGGACCUCAGGUGCGGAGCGUAAUGGAGACGCGCAGGUGUUCCUCCGCGGCGCAGGACUGUGCGCAUCCGUUCAUCCAUGAGGUGAAGCUGAGCGCGGCGCAGAGGAUUAAGGGGGGGCUCCUGGGUUGCAUCCUCUUCCCGCUGCGCGUCGCCCUGGCGGUGCUCUUCUUCCUCAUCAUGUGGCCCCUGGCCCGGCUCCGGCUGGCUGGCCUGUCCGAGGAAGAGCGGGCCAAACCCGUGACUGGCUGGCGCCGCUGGCUGUUCCACCCCCCGAUCUGGCUGCUGAGCCGCGCCGUCUUCUUCUCCCUGGGCUUCCUGUGGGUCAGGGUGAAGGGGCGCCGGGCCGACCUGCGGGAGGCGCCGGUGCUGGUGGUGGCCCCCCACAGCGGCUUCUUCGACAUGCUGGUUCUGUGUCCGACCCAGCUGGCAACUGUGGUAUCGCGCUCCGAGAACACCAGCCUACCCGUCAUCGGAGCCCUGCUGGAGUUUAACCAGUCCGUGCUGGUGAGCAGGAAGGAUCCGGAGUCCAGGAAGAAGGCCGUGGCUCAGCUAAUCCAGAGACUCACCUCUGACGGAUAUUGGCCUCAGAUGCUGAUGUUUCCUGAAGGAACCACAACCAAUGGGCGCUCCCUCAUCAAAUUCAAACCAGGAGCCUUCCUGGCCGGCGUCCCGGUUCAACCCGUCCUGCUGCAUUACCCGAACAGGCUGGAUACUGUUCGUUGGACGUACAAAGGAACAACCUGGAUGGAGGCGAUUUGGCUCACCACAUCGCAGCUCUACACCAACAUGACAGUGGAGUUCCUGCCGGUUUACAAGCCUUCAGAAGAGGAGAAGAAGGACCCCAACCUUUACGCCGACAACGUCCAGAAGCUGAUGGCCGGGGCUCUAGGAGUCCCAGCUACAGAUUACGUGAUGGAGGGCCGGGUUCCUGUGAGCAAACUGGGGGGUCUGUCCCUGCCGCUGGAGUCUCCAGCCAGAGAUGCACUGAAAGAGCUGCGCAGAGACGGCCUUGGCGAGCAUGAGAUCCAAGCGGCCAUCGACAGGAUAAUUGACAGGUGUGGUGAGGACACUGAGGGGUCAACGGUCAGCGUGGAGGAGCUGGCCUCUUUGCUGGGACUGAGGGACAGACAAGCAGCAGUGCAUUUGUGCAGCCUAUAUUCAAAGGGCGAGAGCGUGGACCUUCGCCAGCUCGGCCUCAGUGUUCUGGCUCUGUCUGGACUGAAGGACUUCGGGUCGCUGCUACAUUCUGCCUUCACUCUCUUUGACAGAGAGCACAGGGGCAGCCUGAGCGCACAGCAGCUCUCUGACCUCAUGGGGGCGCUGCUGGGUGUUCCUCAGCAAGACACCACAGCUCUGUAUACAGAGGCCUGCAGCGGGGGUCCGCUCACGGAAGAAAAGCUGCUGCGGGUUCUGGCCCAACACCAGACGUACCGGAAGGUCAAGGAGUUCCUGGAGUCCAGUGAGGCGUCGGUCACUCUUCCUAAGGCCAAGGGUGUAAACAACAACAAUGGACUCUCUGUCAUCAGGGACACGUCGCCCCCCCACAACAAGAAGCAGGAAUGAUCUAUUUUCUGAUACUUUGAAAAUAAGACUGGAAACUUUUGUGUUUAACUCCUACUGUCUAUCUGUAAGUGCUGUCAUUUUGAAAUCGUUGUUUUUUAACAUUAAAGUGAGAAUUAUUUAUUACA